AUGCCCCUCCCCAGGAGAGACCGAAAGGUCGAGGCAGCCAAACGGACGAUCCGCGAAGCUUUCGAAGAUUUGGAGAGGGCUGUUUCUCCCGCAGACUCUCACGAUUUUGGCAGUGCCACGCUGGAAAGUGUGCAAAAAGCAGCCCUGGAUAUUGAAAACCAGCUUGCAGCGCGGUCUUCCUUGCGCAACAUGCGUCGCCUGAUGCCGCUCUUUUCCGGGCUCCAACACUAUUCCGCCGCGGUCGAAGUUCUUUGUAACGGAACUCCGUACCUUCCGUGGAUCUGGGCUCCGAUAAAAUUGAUCCUCAAAGUUACGGCAGACUAUGUAGAAGCAUUCGAGGAGAUCAUCAAAGCGUACUCGCGAAUUGGCGAGUCGCUGAACAGAUUUCGAGUCCUAGGUGCAACCUUCAGUCAGAACGCCAGCUUCCAGCUGACUCUCGCCGUCUUCUAUGCCGAUAUUCUUCGCUUUCACAAACAAGCGUACACCUUCGUGCGACGGAGCUGCUGGAAAGUACUCUUUCUCACCUCUUGGGGCCGCUUCCAAAGGAGGUUCGACAAUAUCAUUGACGAUUUAAAAAGACAUGAAGAGCAGAUCGACAAAGAGGCCAAUGCCCAUCACAUUGCGGAAGCGAGGGACACGAGAGACAAGUUGGAGGCCUGGAGGCAGGACGCCCUUGCGAAGCUCGCCCGUGACGAAGAAGAGCAGACUGCUGGCCAUCUCGAAACCAUCUCCACGUGGCUGAAGCUAGACGACACUGACCAGGUAGCAAUCUUCGAUAAAUUGUCGACUGAAGGAACGAAAUACCCCGAAACAUGUGGGUGGGUCUUGAAAAACUCGACGAUGGUCUCCUGGCUGAAGCCUCAGCCAGAUCCCCCCUUUUUUUGGCUGCAAGGGAACCCAGGAACCGGCAAGAGCACCAUCGUCGGAAGGUUGGCCACCUUUUUGCGUGCAUCGUCACCAAAGUCUUUAGUUGUUACUCAUUUCUGCACUUCUUCAUAUGCCUCCUCGACCCAGUACGACAAGAUUCUCAGGUCGUUGCUUUUCCAACUAGUUCAUGCUAACGACGAUCUGAUUGCGCAUAUCUAUUGGGAAUACGUUGUCUGCAAGAAGAUGGCAAGUAUCACAGCAUUAGAGCAGUUGAUGGCGACAGUAGUCGCUGCACUCCUAGGCGAGCCAGGCCAGAGUCGGCCGAUUCAUAUCUUCUUAGAUGGACUCGAUGAAGUUGAGGCUGAAAAGCAACGUCAAGUCAUCAGUUUGAUGCGCAAAGUGGCCAGUGGAGCAAAAGCACGUGGUGCUGUAUUCAAGGUCCUUGUCUCAUGUCGAACCUCGCCACUUCUUGAAAAGGUCCUCAGGAAGCAACCGGUGCUUUCUCUGAGUGACGAGAAAGAAUGCCUAGAAGAAGCCAUCUGGACAUACGCCACCCACAGGUUGACGGCCGAUGCCCACAGAUUGUCGCAACUAGGACUCCGUGGAUCUGAUUUGACAGAAAUGGGGCGAAACAUCGCAAGAAAAGCGGAUGGCAUGUUUCUAUGGGCUCGUUUAGUACUUGACUAUCUUGCCACUAAUAUUUUCCAUAGUCGUCACGAGAUUACAGCUGCUAUUAACACCCUGCCUCGCGAGUUAUCCGAGUUCUAUGAGAGAAUAUUGACCAACACCAUCGCCAACUUCGAUUCUCGCUCAGUUAACCGAAUGAGGCAGAUACUAGGAUGGAUAGCAUUUGCAAAACGACCUCUUCGAAAGAGUGAGUUUCGGUCGGCGCUCUCUUUCAGCGCCGGAAACCCUAUAGUGGAUGAACUCGUGCCAUCGUACAUCUUCGACAUUUACCUUCAAACCACACAGAGUAAGAUACCCAUAACUGAGGAAAAUACGAUACAGGAGCAUGGUAUUGCCUCCCUUACGUGUCUUCUGUCGGGGCUGGAAAUAUUUCAGCCAAACUACCCCAACACGCUCCGUUCCUCAAGAGUACUGAAAGGACUGCAUGGCUUCCAUAUCUAUGCUAACGAGUACUGGGUUGACUAUGUCCUAUCCAUCAUCACAUCACAUGAUGCCUUCAGUCAAUUUCCCGUGCUAUCAUUGGUUAUGAAUGACCUGUCUCAGAAGUUAGACAGCCUAGGCGAGUUUUCUAACGCAUUGGACAACAAAGAGCAUUCAAUCCCGUCAGAAAACGGCCUUGGUCUUUUGAAAGGACACAAGGGACUAUAUGCAAGUGCCAGAGCCGCGUUGGAAGCACGAUCUAGGAAAGGAUUGCGAGACGAAAUUGAGAAAGAGGGUCCGGCAGCAAAUUUAGAGCAAGUCAAAGAAUUGCGCGACGUUCUUUUGAACUACCAAGCGACCAUCAAGUCGCUCCUCCUUAUCCAAGAUUUCCCCGGAGUGACGCUAGAGGGACUCGAGCUCUUCAAGAGAGAGUUUCGUACCUCCGCAUACACUUGCCGCUUUCCCUUGUGCCCUCGAGCUACGGCUGGGUUCGAUAAGAACGAACUUCGAGUGGAGCAUGAGGCUACUCAUACCCAGCAUCUUCAGUGCCUGUACCCUCGCUGCCAAUAUCCUCCAUUCACAUCGGUUCGAGCACUCAAGAAUCAUGAAAUCAAAUGUCAUGAGACGGUCCAGGGCAGAAAAAGGAUACGAAGAGUGGCAGCUUGGCCGCAGCAUCACCUACAGGGCAGGCGGCAGGUAUUCCUUCAACAAGGCUCUCAAGCUCAGGCAUCAUCUCCGAUUGUUCGUAAGGGUACACCCCACAGCCACUCUUCGCCUACGGUCAACAAUAUAGGCAAUGUGCCUACCCAAGAGUCGGCUUCAAGUACGGGAGGCAGUCCUCCACUUCUAGACUGGUCUGUACCAAAGCUGCAACAUCCAAUAAGCGCUCCAAUAGCACAAGCAGCGCCUGAUCCGCCCAACGACAAAAAAAGAGUCAAAGUCUACGAGUUGCGCGAUAAUAGCUGGUUCGAUAGAGGCACCGGCUUCUGCACAGCAGUGUUUAUGUUUGUACGCGUCUCUUCCGCUUGCCCUACGCGUCUUCUAAGCAUUGUGCUGAUGUCAUCUUCCGACUGGGUCUGA